AUGAAUGUCGAACCAGAUAGCUCUAAUACUAUGAGUUCUUUGGACUUCUGGGAUUACACGAUCGAGCUUGAGUGUCUGCAAGGGAAUCAAGAUCUUCAGCUGGCAGCAGAACUUGGCAAGACUUUACUAGAACGGAACAAAGAACUAGAAAUAUCACUGAAACAACACCAAACUGUCAUUGAUGAUCAAGCUCAAGAAAUAGAAUAUCUAACGAAGCAAGUUGUUGCCCUCCGAGAAGUCAAUGACUCACGACUACGAAUCUACGAGCAACUAGAAGUUAGUAUCCAGGAUCUAGAAAGGGCGAAUCACCGUCUGGUCCUUGAAAAUUCAUCGGACAAGAAGAUCAUCAAGACCAUAAAUGCCACUGUCGACGCUUUAGAAGCAAAAGUCGAAGAGUUGCAGUCCACCAACGAUGAUCUUAAACUACAACUCGAUAUACUCAAAAGGAAAUCACAAAGAAAUAAUGAGGCUUUGACACCCACGAAUUCCAGGGAAAUAGUUACUUUAAGACACGUAGAUCGACUAGAUGAAGAUUCGGUGGAUUCUACGGUACAUAACGAUGAGUACGGUACGCCAACGAAACCUACACAAUCAUCUCCGUCUGCGCAGUCGAAAUCACCUGAAGCGAAAAAUGACGAACGCACUAACCAAAUGGAAGAGUGGGAGAACGAUAACAACAUGGAACAGAUGACUCAACUACUGUCGCAGUUGAGCAAGACGAGGGCUCAAUGUAGCAGGGAUGAAAGGAGGAUAGCGGAGUUGGAGGAGCAACUGAAAACUCUCGUCCAGCAAAAUCAAGCGUUGGAAAAUCAAGUGGUACAACUUUCGCAUAAGGAAGACGAUUUGAAUAUGAAGAGUAUGCACGAGGAGCUUACAACUUUGGAGGAAGUUAGACAAGGCCAAAUGUGCAGCCGCUGUCUUCGAAGCAUGGAGCAGAACGACAUAAACGACAUGCAUGGAGACGACGACUCGAGUAUGUUGGAAGGUUUGAUCGAACCGCAGUACCAUUCUUCAUUCUCCAUGGACGUACAGGGAUACCCACAGCCAUCACCAUUGCAAAGUAAGUCACCUAAUCCGUACAAGAAGUUAGUGGAAAAAUACGAAGCCCUUGUGGAAGUACACAGCAAGCCCAUCAAGUCCUCUACUAUCUCUCGUCAUGAAGAGAUGCAGAUGUCUGGGGACUUCAACUCAGCAAGUACCAAAGACACCGACGAAGAAAGUGGCCAUGGUGACAGUUUGCAGCAUAAGAAAACCAGAAAAACGUUUUCGACACCGACCGAUUUUUCAGAGACGGAAACCAGUUCCUCUGGAUUCCAAGACGAGACUAGUAACAAAUGCACUCAAACAGAAGGUCGAGUCGGAUCCUUUUUGUGCACCAUUGCCGACGGAGAAGAUUGCAAAUUCAGUAUUUACGAUGAUACAAGCCCUAUCGACUCAAGAUUCAGGGAUAGACCGGAAUACCAAAAUCUAUUUAAAGAAAUAUUUAACGUACUCAAAAAAGCCGCGGAAAACAAAGAUGAAGGUGACGACUUACCUCUUUUAGAUGAUUUUACUCCUGUAAAACUUGCACCUAAAGUUCCUCCCGUUACACCAUCACACGAUCAACUUCCUGAUUUCCCAGAUGACGACAGUCAAAGUGUCGUAUCUUCCACCAUGUCUGAGCUAUCCAUCUCUCAAGCCGAACCUACUACGGUAAUAGAAAACCUGAUUCAGUCCCAAGGUCAGCCGAUACCGGAAAGCGAAUCGGAAGCAGAUGGAAUGGUAUUAAGACCUCUAGUGCGUCAACCUCUGGAAUACAUUUCGGUGGAAGUCAGAAAGCGCUCAUCUUCAAAACGCAAGAACAAAUACGUGGAACGAUCCGAUUCUCCUAUGACUCACAUAAUAGGCAGUCCUAAGAUCAACUACUCCAGCAGGCCUAAUUCCGGUAGGCGCCGAAGGGAGAGAUCCAACCACCGAAACCAGGAAGCAGAGCCAAGUAACUGGAACGGUAACACUCUCCAGUUCUAUCCAUCCACCAGAAACCUCCCUUCUCCAACACCUAGUCAGGGUAGCACCCAUAAGUACGAAUUCAAACCUAGUUCGGCCUCUCAGGAUUUGCAUAAGUUGCGAAAGCUAGAUAUGUCUUACGCGGAGGUGUUGAGAAACGCUGACACGAAAAAGAGAGAGAGGGAAAUGCUCAGACAGAGGAGGAAGUAA